ACAGAGAGCCUCAUUAAGACGAUACAAAAGAUUGUCAUCGGUCGGAGCAUGUGGAGAAAUAAUUAGAUCGAUGAUUUGUUAAACGUGUGGAUCACACGUCAUUGAUUGAUGAACAGUACUGAUGUGUUUUCCUCUGAACACUCCCAGGGUCUGUGUCCACACUGACACGCGAGUCGUCCAAUGGGGGCUUGGAAUCCACUGCUGGUCCAAUGGGAGCGUGUGUGAGCUGGUGCUGGCUGCUGAUUGGUGCAGGGUGAGGGGUUCUGGGCUGAUGCUGUGGUGCGUCUCCUCCGGUGAAGGUUGAUCCUGCAGACGAAUCAUCGCAGGAGCAAGAGACAGGAGCUCCUCUGACGCACGAGCUGAGCCGCAGACUAAUCAGCUGUUAACUUCUGCUCGUUUGUUUGUGUGUUGGUUUGUUUGCGCGCCGCAGAGGAAUCUCUCACCUCCCCGCUGCAGACAUGGAUGAGAUGGAGGAAGAGUUAAAGUGCCCCGUGUGCGGCUCUUUUUUCCGGGAGCCCAUCAUCCUGCCCUGCUCCCACAACAUUUGCCAGGCGUGUGCUCGGAAUAUCCUGGUGCAGACCCCCGACGCUGAGUCUCCACAGAGCAGCCGAGCCUCCGGGUCCGGCGUCUCCGACUAUGAUUACCUGGAUCUGGAUAAAAUGAGCCUGUACAGCGAGGCGGACAGUGGCUACGGCUCCUACGGGGGCUUCGUCAGCGCACCCACCACCCCGUGCCAAAAAUCACCCAACGGGGUGCGGGUUUUCCCCCCGACUGUCCCGCAGCCUCCCCCGCAGCAGCACCUGCUGCCCCAGCCGGGCUCUCUACCCCCGAUCCCCCGCAACUCCUGCAUCACCUGCCCGCAGUGUCACCGCAGCCUCAUCCUGGACGACCGGGGUCUCCGCGGGUUCCCCAAGAACCGGGUACUGGAAGGGGUGGUGGACCGGUACCAGCAGAGCAAGGCGGCCGCUCUCAAGUGCCAGCUCUGCGAGAAGAGUCCGAAGGAGGCCAGCGUGAUGUGCGAGCAGUGCGACGUCUUCUACUGCGACCCGUGCCGCCUGCGGUGCCAUCCUCCCCGCGGUCCCCUCGCCAAGCAUCGCCUGGUGCCGCCGGCGCAGGGGCGGAUAAGUCGACGCACGAGUCCCCGCAAAAUCUCCACCUGCACGGAGCACGAGCUGGAGAACCUGAGCAUGUACUGUGUGCAGUGUAAGACGCCGGUGUGUUACCAGUGUCUGGAGGAAGGGAAGCACGGCACACACGAGGUCAAAGCUCUGGGGGCAAUGUGGAAACUGCACAAGGGUCAGCUGUCCCAGGCUCUCACCGGCCUGUCAGACCGAGCCACUGAGGCCAAGGAGUUUCUGGUCCAGCUGAGAAACAUGGUGCAGCACAUCCAGGAGAACGGCGUGGAGUUCGAGGCGUGUCUGGUGGCUCAGUGCGACGCCCUCAUCGACGCCCUGAACCGACGCAAGGCCCAGCUGCUGUCUCGAGUGAACAAAGAGCACGAGCACAAGCUGAAGGUGGUCCGGGAUCAGAUCUCCCACUGUACGGUGAAGCUGCGUCAGACCACGGGGCUGAUGGAGUACUGUCUGGAGGUCAUCAAGGAGAACGACCCCAGCGGUUUCCUCCAGAUCUCGGAUGCUUUGAUCCGGAGGGUCCACAUGACGGAGAGUCAGUGGGGGAAGGGAACCCUCACCCCGAGGAUGACCAGCGACUUUGACCUCACUCUGGACAGCGGGCCGCUCCUGCAGACGAUCCACCAGCUGGACUUUGUGCAGAUGAAAGUCCCAGCUGCUCCGAUGCUCCAGCUAGAGGAAUGCUGCACGCAGAACAACAGUGCCACGUUGUCAUGGAAACAGCCACCGCUCUCCACCAUCACCGUGGACGGAUACAUCUUGGAGCUGGACGACGGGAACGGUGGCCCCUUCAGGGAAGUAUACGUGGGGACGGAGACCAUCUGCACAGUGGACGGGCUUCAUUUCAACAGCAAGUACAAGUCCAGAGUGAAGGCCUUCAACGCCAGCGGAGUGGGACAGUACAGCAAGACACUGAUCAUGCAGACAUCUGAGACUGGACACCCUCCAUGUGAUAUUCAGUCUAUAGGCACAGUUGCUUGGUUCACCUUUGACCCAGCCUCCGCUCACCCGGACAUCGUCUUCUCCAACGACAACCUGACGGUGUCGUGCAACAGCUACGACGACAGAGUGGUCAUGGGUAAUUCUGCUUUCUCCCGCGGCGUGCAUUACUGGGAGAUGACCAUCGAUCGCUACGACAACCACCCCGACCCGGCCUUCGGGAUCGCUAGGGGCGACGUCUUGAAGGAUGUGAUGCUGGGGAAGGACGACAAGGCCUGGGCCAUGUACGUGGACAACAACCGCUCAUGGUUCAUGCACAACAACUCACACACUAACAGGACGGAUGGAGGCAUCAGUAAAGGAGCUACAAUAGGAAUGCUGCUUGACUUCUCACGCAGGAUCCUCAUCUUCCUCAUCAACGAUGAGCAGCAGGGUCCUGUGGCGUUUGAAGGGUUGGAGGGCGUCUAUUACCCCGCAAUCAGCCUCAACCGAAAUGUCCAGGUCACGUUGCACACUGGUCUACCCAUCCCUGAUUUCUACACCCCUGGAGAUGCAGAUCCGACUGGCUCCGUGUGCUAAACUGCACCGCCACCCUCCCCAUGUUUACCCAGGGGUCCCUCCGCCAGUCAAUAACUAUAAUUCCACCCUCCUCUUCCUCCUCCCCCUCUCACCCCCCUGACCGACUGACCCCGUGACUCUCUGUAACAGGCCCCAUCCAGCACUGAGCCAUGCCUUUAUCAUGCCUAAACCUUGGACUCACGGACCAUCUGCAGAAAACUGUCAAAACAGAUGGUGCUGCGCCACCUCCACGUUAUAUUUUAAUAUGAUACAGAUGGAUGAAGACGGUGAAGGUGAUCCUGUUGAAAAAUAAUCAAAUGGAUUUAGAGAGUUAUAAUUUAUGUACAUUUAUUACAAAAUGUGGUUAAAGGAGAAAUUAUGGGUGAAAAUGCAAAUUAGUUUUCUCGUUGAGAGUUAGAUGAGAACAUUUAUACCACUUUCACGUCUCUACGAUAAAUAUAUACCUGCAGCUAGCAGGCCAGUUGAGAUUAGCUUAGCACAAAGAUUGGAAAUAGCUAGACUUUCUGUCCAAAGUUCAGAAAUACCCCAACCGCCAAAGGUCACUUAUUAAUGCAUUUUGUGUUAGGUGCAGGUAAGGCCUUUGGACAGAUCUAGACAUUUCUACGGUGGCCAAGAGAGCUCAAAUUAAGAAAACACAUGCAAAUAGAAAAAACAUGUGCAAGUUUAAAAAAUAACUUUAUCAGUUUGACGACAUGUGCACUGCAAAAGGUCACAACACACUACAGACUUUUUUGGGUUCACUGGAAACAUUUCUGGUGUCAAUUUCGCCAUUUGCAGCGCGGCCCUGUGUUUGCACGUGUCGUGACUCUUUGCAGCGAGAGUGACGAUAAAUUGAUGAAGUUGUUUUCUUAAUUUGCACAUGUUUUUACUAUUUGCACUUGUUUUCUUCAUUGGCAGUGCGUUGAGCUCUCUUGGCCACCGUACCUUUUCCAAAUUCAUGCUAAGCUAAGUCACUGCCUGCCGUAGUUUCACAUAUAUUUUUACAGUGGUACAAGCAAACGUUUCCCAAAUUGUUGGGCAUUCCCUUUAAAGGGAGGAGGUUGUUUAUGAUGUCGUACCAAUAACUUAGUUCACUACAUUUAUUCUUCACCCCUUUUCAAAAGCACACACGUACAAACACAAUAUCUCCUGCCAUUGGUCAGAUGACCACACCAGAGCGAGCGUGACGGGCCGUCUCCUCUGUGUGUUGGUGUGAAUGUGUGUGAUGGUGUGUGGCUGGGUUUAGACGUCGAUGCUGCAGCAACGAUACCUGGACGAGAGCAAUAGCCCGACUCUCAGCCGCGUCACCGUCGUACAGCUCGUCCAUGUAAAUGAGACGCUUUUUCUUUAGUGGCUUAGCUCAUGUGAAUCUGUAUCUGUAAAGAAAAUCAAAAAAACAUUGGUGUAUAAGACGAUUCUGGAAGCGAGGCCUUCGUCCGGGAGGGGUUUUUGGUUUGAUGUCUCAUAGAAGCAGGACAUUGUGCUCGCUGACGUGAUAAAGAUGAUGACGCUGUUUGAAUAAGGUGCUACUGCAGCUCUUUUCGUUCUUUUUUUUACUGUGGGUGACUGAAUCCUGCUAGUUUUAUAAUAUUGAUAUUGAAAUGAUAUAUUGCAAAAAGGUGUACAGCUCAAUAAGUUAUUGAUGUUUUUCGAUGGGAAUUCCCGAUAUUUCUUUCAUUUGAUGUGGAGUUACUACAGAGAGAAUCUUUUUGUCGCUUUAAAACACGUAGUUUGUAAAGGUUGUUCUGAAAAUGAAGAGGUUUCCAUGAGAACCGGUUUGUGUCCUACAAAAGCAACAAGUGUCGAUGCGGUGGGAUUUUUUUUGUGUGUGUGCGAUCACUCUUGGGCAAAAGUCUCCUCAACUGGCAACAACGUGAGACAAGCAGACAUUUUAUGAGACGAAGCCAUGCUAGCAGCUCAGUGAGGCUGAACCCAGGCACUGCAGUAGGCCUGCUUUAAUGCCAAUGCUAACAUAGACAGCAGGUAUAUUAUAUUGUUUACCAUGCUCACCGUCCUAGCUCACCGUGCUAGCAGCUCAGCGAGGCUGUACUCAGGCACAGCUAAAUGCUAGCAUAGCAACAUUAACCCUCACGAUGAUAUUCUGCUCUGCUGAUACAUAUGAUCAACCACGUUUGUACAAUGAAUCCUUAGGAUGUGGGAGGAUGUGAAUAUAUGUUGACAAAUUCCAUCAAAUAGUUUUUAUUUUACUCGAAAACACAAAUGUAAACCUCACGGUGGCGCUAGAGGGGAAACUCAGAGGAUCACCAAAAUCAUGAGGAUUUAUCCUCCAGGUGCCAUGAAUGUCUGUAUAACGUUUUAGUCCAUCGUAUAAACAGGACAAGUUAGAAAAUUUGGCGACAAUCAAUUAAGUAGUUGUCAGGACAUGUUACCAAAAACCCAUGAUGGCGCUAGACUAAAAAUCAGAGGAUUCCAAAGUUUCUUAGUAAGUCGUUCUUAAGAUAAGACUUGACCAAAGAGGUGGAACAGCCUGACCAAUGCUGCCACCCUUAUUGCCACACAGCUAGCAUUAGCAUGGCUAAAGUUAAGUCCUUAAAGGUUCCGUGUGUAAGAUUUAGGUGAAAGGGAUCUAUUGGCAAAAUAAUCCUAGUGAUGUUUUCACUAUUUCGUCUAAUUUUUACGGAUUGUCUUCUUUACCCUUAACCGGACCCUUUAUAUUUCAAUACUUUAUAUUUACAUCGGGAGUGAGUCCUCACUACUGAGGCCGCCAUGUUUUUCACAGUAGUCCCUGAACACCUUUUGAGUUUUUAUGACAACUGAAGUUUACCACAGGUUCUCUUUCACGUUUGGAAGGGGAAGGUGAGGUGAGGGGUAUUCAGCUGCAACAUGCAACUUCACCGCUAGAUGUCACUAAAUUCUACACACUGAACCUUUAAGUUUAAAUGUUCAGGAGUCAGUCUGAGGGAACUGUUGCCCUUUAAAAAAGAUGCAUAAAAAAGUUUCCUCUAGCAUCGUAGCCCUGAAACCUACAGUACAUGUCUAGCAUUUACAUGAGGUGCUAUCAGAGCUUCAUGACUGUGCCUUUCCCUUCUUCAAUACCCAAAUAAUUUAGGAAACUUUGCUACAAACUAGAUUCAUUACUUCAGCAGAGUCAACCCUAACGUCUGUGAUGCCUGACUUCAACUGCUGCUGCACAUUUUUUCUAUCAUAAAAGGGCAAAUUUCAACAUGUUUGCUAUGGAUGUGUGUAAACCACUGUAUCAACGGGAUCAUUACAGUCAGGAAUCAGGCAAGGUGUGUUUGGUCACCCUUUGAAAUUAUUGUUUUCUCUUCCGCUGAUUUACAAGAACUGCACCACAAAGCUGCUAAAAUGGCUGCACACUGUAAAGUUGUGAUAUUUGCAUGUGCACUCAAACGACGAUGAACUAAACUGAGCCACUGCAGCAAGUUGCACAGCCUUCGGUGCAAAGGCUGAAUUCAAGCUUCCACUUAUGCAACAUUUAAUUGGAAGUUUUUUCAAGGUAAGCCUUUUGUCCGGCCAUAAUUAUAAUUCGCACACAGCAGAAACAGCCCGAUCAGCAGUCAUGCAGACGAGUGCAGCCAUCAUCACAAUAUUACACAACCGCAGAUUCCAGGACAAAUAAACAAACGUGACAUAAUCAAGCAAGAGUUUAUUAAAGGUCCACAUGUCCAGCGUGAGAUGAUACACACACUGUUUCUUUUUCAUUUUUAACACAAGGUAAAUAUCUUGACACAAUCUCUCUUUGAAACUGUGAACUUCUUUAAUUGGAAAAUGACAGAUGUGUGUUUCUGCAGUUGAACACAUGGGGGUGCUGGCAUUUUAAAAAGUGUGUGAUUGUAACAGUUAUUAUUUCUAAACCAGCCAAACACACUUUAGCGAUAUUACAACAGACCCGGGGAAGAUUUGAAGUCUCUCAUACGGCCUCGUCAAACUUUUAUGAAUUACUGUAAACCUACACACAGUCGCUGGGCGACACUGGGUGUUAUAUCUCCAAAUGUACAUACGUGUGUGUGUGUGUGACUGAGUGUGAACGAGUGUGUGUUACUUGUAUCAUAACCUCAUUUUAACUCCAAAGUUAUUUCUUUUUACCCUGUUUGAUCUGAGGUGGAAUGUCAUCACUUAAUAUUAUUAGUUACAGUGAAACUGAAAUAUGUCUAUGGAGAAUUUUAUGAGUAUAAAAUGAACAUUGUUACUGCUAUAAUUUUAAGACCCUAUGAUUACUAUGAUUGUUCUAAUUAUAUGUCUAUCAUGACCAUAUUACUGCUAUUAUUAUGAUUUGAAGUAUAAUAUGCGGCUCUGUGUUUUCUGUAUGUGUGAAUAUUCAAUAAAUAGGUGUC